AUGAAGGUUCAACCCUGCGGGAAUCCAUCGCCGCAAGUAUAUUACCGCGAGAACCACGGUGUUCCCCUCCAGCGUGUUUAUGUGAUGCUGCUCUGCUGCGGACCAUGCUUCUCCAACGCUCAUGAUUUCUUGGGACUCGUGCCGCAUCAACACCGCUCCCCAACCAACUCCAGAGGCACCGGUGUAGAGGGUCAUUGUCGGCAUUCUCGUUGCCAUGGCCGGCGCUACCGCUCGUGGGCGGUUCUUCUGAGCCAGGUCGUACCACUAUUUAAGUUGUGCAUGCGCCGUUGGGCGUGUGCAGGCCGGCUCUUUCACCAGGAGAGGUGUCCGGCUGAGCGGAGACCGCCUUUGUCUAAUGGGCUUCAACGCCCAAUAGAACUCUGCGGUGCGGAUAUGUAG